AUGUUUGAGGACUUGAAACAUGCUAGAUUGAAAUUGUACAUUAUUCGCUUCACAAUAUAUUUGUGCGAGAUAGACGUGACACCACCUUCAAAAAGAGCAAUUGCUAAUAUACUAAAAGAUGGACUGAAGGAACACUUCAAAGAAGUUUCAGUCGAAUGGGUGGAUUGCCCUGAUUUAAGAAAGAAACCCUUUAAUCUAGCCGCACCAGGACUAUGCGGCAAACCGGCACUUAUGCAAGUCGGUGGUCUCGCAAACGUGUAUCCAUGGCAGCAAAUACACAAAACAUACAAUAUAAAACAUCUCCUAACCGAAUUUGGCUACAAUGAAAAAACUCUUGUCAUCGGAGCAGGAAUGUGUAAAAAUCCGCUCACAACUCUAAACUGCGAACUCUAUAUGAAUACUUUAUAUUCACCAAAAAAUGGCAGAAUGAUAUCAGUCUUUAAUAGAAGUCGAACUUUAUUCUACUUAAGUAAAACUUGCAGAACAGGACCAUAUAAAAUACAUAACAAUUUGCACGAGUGCAGUAUGUACGGCAACUUUUUUAUCAGUGGAGGUAAGCCAGGACAAGUUAUUAAAGUUUAUGCUAAGAAGCGCAUUGGUUCACUGGACUUUAUAUCAGCAAUGCAAAGUUCUUCUUGUUAUGGUCGGACUAGCAAAUACAUGAUAGACCUUGGUGGAACAUUUGUUGUGAAUAACGGAAAAGUCUGGCAUCACCUUAUGCCACAUAAGGCUGCAACAAUAUUACGAGAUUUUCGCUCGAUUCAUCAAUGGCUACGUUAUCGUUGUAUGCCCACACCUUUUACCGCUGUUGGAACGUUUAGCAACAGAAUCAGACACCAUCUUGGAAAUGCAAGCAGUGGAUUUGAAGUUUUGAAUAUCACGAAGCAGCAUUUCCAUACAUUCUCUUCAAUUUACAACACAGGUGGACAUUAUUAUAUAGAUGCGCUAGAAAAAGAUGUGGCAACGGAAUACCUAGGAUAUUUUUGUCCGGCCAAAAAAUUCUAUUGUGUGGAUCCAGUAAAUGUUAAUAUACAAAUACCAGAAUGUAAUUUAGAUCGCUUUAAGAAACGUUUGAGAAAUUAGACAAAUCCAGCGAAUGUGGUUAAAUAUGUAAGCUCAAUUCGAACAAUCUCUUCAGCUUGUAUUUUAAUUCUAAUGGUUAAUUCUAAUGGUUAAGUUACUAUAGUUUUUGCAUGAUUAUAUUUAAAUUUUUAUAUUUCUA